UUCCACUACGGUAGUGGUGCCCCUGACUGUCGAUAGAAAAGCGCUCAAUUUUCAUAUUUCCAAACACUUCCUUUAGGAGUGUUUUUCACAACAAUUAAACCCUUCCAAAGAAAAGAAACGCUAUGCCACGGUAGGCCAAGCACAAAUUCGGCACUUUUCAAUUCUGAAUCGUUAUGAAAUCUUGCGAUAACAAUGGAUGAAUCUGAUCUCGAAAAAUGGUGCGCAAUGCUGGAGUCCAACAAAGUGAGAACUCGAAAAGAAGCAUGCACCGAAUUCGCCGAACACCUCCAACAAAAAUCAACAAUUGACUUCUUAAACAAUAGUGUUACAGACUGGUGGAAAGCAAUACUAGGUUCUAUUUUCAGAUGUAUGGAUGAGGACCACCAAAAGCAACUCGAUGACCUUAAAAAGAAAAGUAAAGAAUGCUCUCAUAGUCCCCCCAGUGCUGACUUGUUCACGCUUUUUGUGCGAAUAGCGGUGAAAGAGGAGAGUCCUUUGGACUAUUUGAGCCUGUUGCAACAUAUUGUCGAGUGGUUGGGCAGUCACUCCAAAAAACAAUUCCAUCACCAGUUUUUGAAGAUUUUGUCAGAGAGUCUUCUCAUUAAUUCAAAAAUAAGGCAUUCUUUGGAAGAGCGUGAUUGGGUUUCUUUGUAUUUUGUGUUGCAGAAGUUGUGUGGGGAGGCGUCUGUGUUGGAUAAUGAGCAAAUUAUAUGUCUAGCACUGGUUGUCAAAUUGGGGCCUUUACAUAAAUUUCCUGUGAUGAUUUUUAGACAGCAGUUUGAAUAUGUGGUCAAACUGUGUAAAAUGGUAACUUCUAAGUCACCCAGGCCCCAACAAGACGCAGUUUUAGAUAUUGUGUACAACUUUUGUAUAUAUACAGCUAAGGAUAAUAGAAUGGCUUGUUGUAAACUAGGAGAGGAAAUUUUUGAUAAUUUGGUUGAUUUAUAUCAAAGAAAUGAAAAUGAAGAUAGGAUGAAAACCAGUUUAAUUAAUUUUUUCCUUCUACAAGUAGCCCUUCACAACCCUAAAGGUGUACAAGAGAAUCAUCCAGCAGCAUAUGCUGUUUCUUGGGAAUUUUGGAAGAACUGUCUUUGCAGCAUUUAUGAUUUACUUAGUAACGAAAUAGACGCGAAUUUGUCUCUUACAGUGAAAAAUCGGGCACUCUUCAUCACUCAUGACGAUAUAAAUGAGUUGUUUGAUGGUUUUGUUAAACUUUUUGUUGAAGUUUGUAGACAGUUGUUUAUUGCCGACGUUGUCUCUUUGGACGAACCUCCAAGGAAACGUCCACGAACUGAACUUACAAUAACUAGCUUGAUUAAUAAGAUUAUGGAAACGAAGUCGUGGCCUUGGAUUAAUCUCACUUAUCCGCUAAUUGAAACAUAUCCGGACAUGAUCAGUGGUGACAAUUACGUCGUGAUUCUUAAAAACUUGUCGAUUUUACAGUCAGAAUGUAAAGACAUGGAUAUGUUACACCACAUUCAUAAAGCUUUUAUUGUUCUUUUAAAAACUGACAGUUUGGUGAAUGUUGAGAAAUCACGUACUGAUGCUUUAUGGAGAAGUGUCGCAGAUGUCGCUCUACGUUUGAUCAAUCAAAAAGAUGAAAACAUUCAAACGCUUAUACAACUUUUAAUUAUAAAUAAGCAUCUAACGUCUCACGUCCAGUUAAUGCAGAAUUUCCGACCAGGUGGCGCUUUAAGUGUUGAUGAACAUAACCUCAAGACUGUAGAUGUCGCUUUUCAAAAUUUCGCAAUUUUGCAAGUUGAUAGAUGUUUGAAAAAACAAACCAUAAACUGGAUUUUGGACACAAAUUCAGAACAAUUUUGUCGUAGUGAAGUCGCCGAAAUUCUCACUUGUCUACUUUUAAAACAAUGGCCGAACCGUGAGUUUACGUUCACAAAGAUUAAAAAACCAUUUGAAGAUAUUGAAAAUGUGUAUUUUGAUGUUUGUUUUGAAAGUCUUCUUGUGAAUUUUGACGAGAAGGAAAAGAAGGAAGAUAAUGUUUAUUGUGUGGAUCAAAGUUUGCUUUAUGAUUUAAGUGAGUCGUUAAAAAGUCUUCUCAGUAAUUUAGAUACAAGAAAAAAAUCGCAAGAUUAUUUUAAUGUUUGUAUACUUGUAUUCAACGUCAUAAGCUUUGUACACAAAUACAAAUUGAUUGAAAGUGACGUUGUCACCGAUUCUGCGUUGUAUAAAAUAUUCGAGACGAGUAUGAAGAACUUGUUUGAUAAUGUUUCCUUUAAUAUGGCGAAACCGGAUGAGAGACAUAUAUCAAGGUUAACAAAACUCGCACGAGUUCUCAUGGUUUUCUUUAGUUCGAAAAAUAGUGACUUUGUUACGAAAAAACUGAGGGUUUUUGUACCUGCGGACCUCAUUAGAGAUAUGUUUGCAAUCUUAAAGAUAAAAGAUGCCCCAGGUGAUAUUGUAGCACUAAAAAAGUGCAUAGUGGAAAUCAUCGUCAAUUACUCAUGUUUGCCUAAUCUAGAUUCUGAUAUUCAAAAUAGAGCACUAAAGGCCCUCGUCGGUUUUAAUUAUGACUGCCACUGUGACAAUGAUUAUGAAUUAGUUAUAACCCUUAUGCAUGCACUCAAGUCGUGUAAGCCGAAAAAUCUACCUGUAAAAGGUUUGUUGUCGCUUUUUGAUAUUCUACAAAAAUUCUGUGAAGUCCGUCAUUACUGUACCGUUAGUGUGGUUGAAUUUUUAGAUUUCUUUUAUGAUGUUUAUCCGUUAGUGGUUGAGUCAAAUUCUCAAGAUUGUCAAAGUAACUACGUUCAAAUUCUUCAUCCAUUUUAUGUUGAAAAAUUGUCUUAUGAACCUUCCGUUUCUAUAAAGUUGUUGAAGUGUAUGGGAUUGCUCUUUGAGUUGGAACCAUCGGCUAUAUACACCAAGUGGGACAACGAAGAAAUAGUUCUAAAAAUACCAGAAUUUUUAAAUAGCGAUUACCAAGAAGUGCGUUUCUUUGCAAUUAAAACUCUUGCUUUAGUCUUCAGAGUUUCUUCAAAAUUGCGACUAUUAACACUUUUCCACAGACAAGAGAUUAUCUUUUCGAAAAUUUCAGACAUGAGUCUGAAAGUUCUAGAAAUUGAAGGUAACGUCGACGAGAACAGACUUCUAGACGAAGUAGUUGCGAGAUCGUCAAGUAUUUUACACACUUUUGCUUCUAUUAUGAUCGCUUCAAACUUAUGGAUCGAAGAAUCUCUCUUUACUUUAUUGAAAAUUAUAUGUGAUAAAAAUUUAGGUUUAAGUUUGACUGAAACUGUUAUAGAAAUUGUGGCUAAGACACUGGGUUUUAAUUCAGGUUUAAAGUUUCUGGAGAAAUAUUUAGUAGGUUUAGUAAAUCGUUGGAAAUCGCACAUCGACGAUUUUCCAUUCCGCCUCUUCAAAUGUGCUUCGAAAAUCGACUUAUAUAGCAAGUAUUGGUCUGUGCUUGCUCACAUCUUUGUUGCUAAUUCAGAAAACAGCCUGAAUCAAGUAGCUUCCAGUUUGGGAAAGUCGCUACAGAAACUAAUAGAGGAUACUUCUCCAAAAUUACUGAGUUACUGCAUUUGUCAAGAGGUCUCCGACCUUUCUUCCGUUACGCAAAACAAACUUUAUCAACUUUUACACGACACAUUAGGUGGCUCCAAAGCUCGACAGAUCUUCAAAAACAACAUUGAAGAAAUAAUUCUCUGCCUGACUGGCUUCAUUUCGGACGAAAAAGAUUUCGAAAGUAGUUUUGGCUGCAAUAUCAUCUUCCCGAAGGUUACAGAAGUUCGUCUAACAGUGUCAGAGUUCCAAGACUGUUUACAAUUUAUCGAGGCCACUCUUUAUGAUGAAGAGUCAGUAAUAACCACCUUAAUUCAAAAGAACACUGAAAAAAUCCACUUUAUUUUACUCCAACUCAAUCUAAGAGUGUAUGGAGUCCUUGCUCUAGAAGACAAACUUCGUUCCUUCCACCUCUUCUCUCUAGUAGCCUCUCUGUGUAUCAAAAACGUGCUCUCCGAACCCUCCUUGCAACCUUACUUAAUCCGCGACUUAACUCACACCCUUCUUCACCACAUCAAGAACCACAAGAGCCAACCAGAGCUCAGCGAAAUGAGUUGCAAAUUUUUCAAAACGUUUCUCCGCACGAUACUCCCAACUUUAUCAACCGUGCUAAGUCACUUCUUCUUGAUAAUAAUAAGCCGACUUAAGUACGUAGCGUUAGAAAAUUGUACAGUGAGCGCCCUCUGCGUGGACAUGAUCGAACUCUUAAUCGUCGAACACAAAAACUUAUUUGUAGCCGAAAUUUCGAAGCUCGAUUCAAUCCCAGACCUCCCCCAAUUCGAGAAAAUUUUUUCGGUCCAUCGUUCCCUCAAGUACGACGACAGAAAAGUCACCCUCGAAGACGAAAUCGUCCAGUUUCUCGACUUCAGCCGAAAUAUCGAAAGCCUGGACGAGUGCGAGCACAGCAUAACCCACUUGAAACGAGUGAUAAUCACGAAGAAAGACGAACUGAAAGAAAUGUACUCACAACUACGACAAACCAGAGGGUUUUCCGAAGAUUGCAAAAACUCCAACUUGCACAAACUCAUCUGUUUGUUGAUAACUCUAAGUUGCUCGAAUAACAAAAACGUCAGUACUGAAGCCGCAAAGUGCCUAGGCGAAAUCGGUCCAGCGGACUUGGCGACCUUAAUCCUGCAACCAGAAAAAGAUAUCGCGGACCCAAAAUGGACGCCCUUCGAGCUAUUGCUCGGUUGCGCCAUCUCUCUUCUUCUGAAAUAUUUAGUCGAUGCGGAUGUCACGGUGAUUAAGACAGCAUCCGUGGCUCUUUUCCAAAUUCUGUCGACAAAAGAAAGUCGCAAGGUCAUCCGGUCGAACGACGAUUUUGGUUUCGGCGCCAUUAAUUCGACUUACUUGACGCCAUUUUGUGCCAUAGAGUUACGAAGCGGGAAUUUUAAAGUUGCCAUCAACGGCGACUACUUUACGAAAACCCUACGGGAUGACGCGUUGUGGAUACCUGAUGAUGAUUGUCAUGAAACGUGGGUGACGAAGUUGGUCUGCGCUUUUUUGGAAAGUUUCGAAGACAGGAUGUUUUUUGAUAAUUUCGUCGAAGUGUGUAAGCGAAAGGUUGAAUUUUGCGAGCAAAUUUUUCCCGUCAUUGUUUAUACGGUUCUGUUUUUAAAUAAUUUUUCCUUCACUACUAUCAUUGCAAGUCAAAUCGAGAUCUUUUUUAAUAAACACUGGGAAAUCACCGUGAAGAACCAAAAUAGUGUUAACAUUACGACAAACAAAUCGUCAGUGCAGACGAUGUUGAAUGUGGUUCAUUUCGUUCGCUUACAAAGAAGCGUGAGGAAGAGAGAAAUUAAGGAUAUGAAAUUGGACUACUUGAGGGUUGCUAAAGCGGCCCACUUUUGCACCGCUCAUUUCACGGCACUCUUAUACGCAGAAAUUUGGUGUCAGGAACAAAUUAACCAAUCACCGAACGACUACGCCCUCUCUACGUGCAGUUACACUAAGCUCGACCUUAUUUACGAAAAGGUCGAUGAAGUUACCGGAAACGCCUUACAACAUAUUCUGAGGCAGGCAUACAAGUGUGUGGGCGAAAGCGACGCCCUCUUGGGCUGUGGCACCUCCCAUCUGCUAAGCCCCGCCUCCCGAGUCGACCACUACAAAGAACUUGGCCGCUGGGAUCAAGUAAUCCAGUACUACGAACGCCAAGUGUCUUUAGAACGCAACGUAGCCCUACGCCCUCUCGUGGAUAGUUUGAAAAGCGCAAACUUAUACCAACUCUCGUUGUACUGUUCCUCGGACGAACCCAACUACGAGAGUUUGUGGCGUUUGGGCCAGUGGAGCUACACAACGAGUGACUCAAGUCACAACACGUACGACAAGUGUAAAUUCCACGUACUUAAAGCACUUUACGAGUGUGAAGAGUUCACUUUCAAGAAAGCCAUGGACGAUGGCAGGGUUUGCGUGGUGGACGAUUUCAUGGGUGCCAACAUGGAAAGCAUUAAAAAUUUCUAUAACACGUUCGCGAAGCUGCAGUGUUUGAAAGAAAUCGAAGAGUAUGCGGACGCGACCAAAUCCGAUCUGUUUGUAGAUUUGUUGUUAAAGUGGAAAGUACAGGACGAGAUUAUCUGCAACGACUACCAGUACGUAGAGCCCGUACAAGCUCAAAGAAUCCUCUUGUUUACUGAAUUGUUGAAAAAACAACCCAACACUAGUUUGAGGGACGCCAUCGUUGACACUAUCAUUGGUUACGCACAGUGCGCACGCGUCGAAGGCAACUCCCAUGUGGCUUUCCGAAUCUUGGAAAAAUUGCGUCUCCUUCCCUUCACCAACGACAUCGACGCAAAAGUUAAACUCGAAGAGGCUCAGUUGUGUUGGAGCAUACAAGACGUGGUGACCGCCAAAUGCAUCCUCAGGCAGCUGUGCGGCAGCGAGAACGUCAACCCGAGGGUGCACGCGAUGGCUUUGAAACUAACCGGCUCGUGGAUGGUAGCGAGUUCGUCCGAAAAUCGACAAACCAUCAUCGACAACUACUUCCAAAAAUCGCUGAAUUUGAUCAAGAGCGACAGCGAUAAGACGGAAGAAGACGAGAAGUCGAUCGUGGACACGUUCGACCAGUUGGCGAAGUUUGCCGAUCAGGGGUACCAAGAGGUGAUGUCGCAUAUUAAAUCGGACGUUUUCCAAAAAAAGAAGGAGAGUAUAGUGAAGUCGAGAAAUCUGGUGAAGGGUAUUAAUCUGAAGGACACUACGAAGGACUUGAAGAAGGCCAUCAUGAUUAAGACGAAGUUCAGUUGCAUUGACGAAAUGGAGAUUCACAACAUCGAGACGGAUAAAAAUAAUCUGUUGUUGCUUGCGCUCAAGUACUACCUGCGCAUUUUGGUCCGGAGCGACAACCACAACAUGACCAUCUUCCGCCUCUUCUCCCUCCUUCUCGAGAAUCGUGACAACAACAUCGUCAAAUUCGUCCUCGAGAAGGACCUUCUCAAAAUACCUACCUACAAGUUCAUCAAUAUUUUGCCUCAAAUAAUCCCCCACAUCUCCAACGCGUCGAACGACGUUUUCAGCCAGACCGUGAACAGCUUGAUCGAGAAAUGUGCCGAAGACCACCCCUACCACACCCUUCCUUUAAUCUUAGCUCUCGCUCUAUCAAACAAAGACCGCGAAUACUCGUCAGAAUCGAAGGCCGCCGUCAACGAUACUCGCACCCAAACCGCCACAGCCAUCCUCACAAAGCUGAAAGAACACCGAAAACUCUCAAAAUUAAUCGAAAAAAUGGAGUUCGUGUCGGAGGCGGUGAUCGCACUAGCGUACUAUCAAGGUAGCGGCGACCGAUCAAGCUACAAAAUCCCCGCGAACUCAAAAAUCCGCAAAAUCCAAAACUGGGGGGAAAUCCUCCUCCCUACGGUCAUCCUCCCGGUGGACAAAUCCUGUACCUACGAACGCAUAACCGGGAUUCAUAAAUUCAACGACGUGUACCACAACGUGGGUGGAAUCAACGCCCCCAAACGCAUCACGUGCGUCGGCACCGACGGCAUCACCAGGAGUCAGUUGAUUAAAGGCCAAGACGACCUGCGCCAAGACGCCGUUAUGCAGCAGGUCUUCACAAUCAUGAACAGCCUCCUCACCGUCAACAAACAAACGAAAAAUCUGCGAAUCCGCACUUACAAGAUCGUCCCGUUGUCGAUGAGGAGUGGCAUUUUGGAGUGGGUGGAGAACACGAUGCCGAUUGGCGAAUACCUGAUAGGGGAGGGGAGCGACGGUGGGGCGCACUCCAAGUUCCGCCCGAUGGACAAGAGGCCGAUUUCGUGCCGCAACGAGUUCAAGAACGCUUCUAAUAAAUCGAACGAAGGAAGAUUGCGUGCUUUUAAUAAAAUAUGCGAGUCCAUAAAACCGAUCUUUCACAAGUUUUUCGAAACGAGUUUUCCUCAGCCGACUGUGUGGUACGAGCGCAGGCGUACGUACACUCACAGUGUUGCCACGUCGAGCAUGUGCGGGUACAUUCUAGGGAUAGGAGAUCGGCACUUAAACAACAUUCUCAUUGAUAAAAAUACUGCCGAAGUUGUACACAUCGAUUUUGGAAUUGCUUUUGAGCAAGGGAGGGUGCUGCCAACCCCGGAAACCGUUCCUUUCAGGUUAACUAGAGAUAUAGUGGACGGAAUGGGCGUGUCCGGAGUGGAAGGAGUGUUUCGCAGGUCGUGUGAAAAAACGGUGGAGGUGUUAAGGCUUCACUAUCAAACGAUAAUUACUAUUCUGGAGGUGCUCUUGUACGAUCCGUUGUACGACUGGACGGUGAGUACCGCCGAGGCUAACAAGAGGCAGAAGGACGAACAGGACGAAGCCGAGUUCAGUGGGUCGCAGAACGGUAGUGAUGAGAAGGCCUCAAGGAAUGUUAAUGAGACUGCUGAACGUGCUUUACUACGAUUGAAGGCAAAGCUUCAGGGUACCGAAAGCGGCAAGUCCACGACUGUUGAGCAUCAAGUUGGUACCUUGGUCCAGCAAGCCGUGGAUCCUUCCAAUUUGUCAAAGUUGUUCUAUGGUUGGCAACCUUAUUUAUAAGUUUAUGUUGCAUUUUCUAUAUUUUAAUGUGUUCUACAAUUAUUAUACAUUCAUAUUUUAAUAAAUAAUAAUUUGAAAAAU